AGUCUAACAAAUUAAAAACCCAAAAGAACAAAAAGCGUGCACAUGAUUUCGUUGGGAAAAUUAUUUCUGAACUUUGGCCAUGGUGUUAACACCCAUUCGACUCGCUCUGUCUCUCUCACACACACACAAGUAAAUAUGCACACUCAUCACCAUACCCUGUUUCUCAUUGACUGCAAAUUGCAUCUACUCAUCUACACUCUCAUGGCACGUUGACAACGGCUGCUACCCCAAGUCCUGUUUUAAGUGCGGCCUUGGUCUUGAUGAGCAAUUUGGAUGCUGUGAGUGGGGCGGACACAGGUUCCUGGUGCAAGAAUCGAACUUCGAAGUCUCUACUGUCUAAAGCAGGACAAACACUAUCACAGCAUCAAACCGUCGCUGGGAGAUGGCGGUGGACGCCUACAACGUCAACGACACUGCAACUCACGGUGGUUACUACCACCCACGUGGUAGACGUCGCCUGGCAGAUGUUGCGGAACAAGUCUUGGCCCUGAAGACCCCCAUCAUGAUCGUGUUGGCCCUUGGCGCUCCACUUCCGCUUCCGCUUCUUGUGGAUUCUUCGGAAACUCGUUGUGCAUACGUGGUGAUAGCCAUGGCCAUUCUGUGGGUGACGGAGGCCAUCCCCAUCCCUGUAACCGCUUUACUUCCGGUAAUUCUCUUCCCCGUCAUGGGUGUACUGACAGCUGUGGACGUGGCCAACAGUUACAUGGGGAACACCUCACUGCUGUUUAUCGGGGGGCUGAUGGUGGCCAUCGCCGUUGAGGAGUCUGGCCUUCAUCGACGAAUCGCUCUCGGGGUCAUGAGGUUCGUCGGCUCUGAUCCUAAAUGGGUGAUGAUGGGGCUGAUGCUGCCGACGUGGUUCUUGUCCAUGUGGAUCUCGAACACAGCCACGGCUUCCAUGAUGAUACCCAUCGUAGAGGCGAUACUCACACAGUUCAAAGCAGCAUCAAACUCAGAAGGCAGACCUCGAGGUGGCUCUGUCCAGGGACGUCACGUGGACGCCAGGCUCUCCCUCAAGUCUGACUCUGUCGACGUCAGUGUCAAAGACGACGCCAUUCAUGUGACGUCACCAGCGCCGCUCGACAAACAAAAUGAACACCAAGCGCCGCCCAGUGGCAGUAAUGGCAUCUAUGUGGUUGACUCACCUGGCUUUGAUAACGAUGGUGAUGAUGACAAGGCUGAUGCUGAUGAAGAUGACGAAUGUGACAAAGCAGUGGCAGCAGACUACAAGAGGCUGUGUAAAGGAUUCAGUCUGUGCAUCGCGUACGCUGCGAACGUUGGCGGCAUCGCUACGUUGACUGGAACUCCACCCAACCUGGUCUUCGCGGGUCAAGCGGACUUGUACUUCCGGAAGCUGGGCGGGGAGUCGGGGGUGUCGUUCCUGCGCUGGAUGCUGAUGGCUUUCCCGCUGUCACUACUCAUGCUGCUACUGUGCUGGGCGUGGCUUGCUGUCGUCUAUACCAGAGGGACAUGUAGGAAACAAGCCAAACAAUCUGACGACCCGGUGAAGACAGCCCUCCACAACGCCUACAGGGGCCUGGGCAAAGUCACGAUGGCCGAGGUCCAGACUCUGAUUUGUUUCAUUGUCCUCGCAUCUCUGUGGCUCUUUCGAGAUCCCAGGUUUCUUCCUGGCUGGAGCAAUUUAUUCAACGAGGGAUACACCAGCGACUCCACGGCUGCCGUGUUCGUUAGCCUUCUCUUUUUCAUCCUCCCAACUACAAGGCCAGCCAUCUUCUGCUGGCGACGCAAAGACGAAGUCAGACAGAAGCCCGUGUACACGCCGCUGCUGACGUGGCCUGUAGCUCAGGCCAAGAUGCCCUGGGGAAUAAUUAUUCUACUAGGAGGGGGAUUCGCUUUGGCUAAGGGAUGCAAGUUCUCGGGGUUGUCAGACUGGUUCGGAGAGCAACUGUCCACCUUCCGAGGGACUGAACCCUGGCUCAUCAACCUCGUCAUCACCAUCGCCGUCGCUAUGGCAACGGAAAUCACUAGCAACACCGCCACUGCCACGUUGUUGAUGCCGAUCAUGGCGGAGCUGGCGAUCCGAUUGAAGGUUAACCCUUUAUACUUCAUGUCCUCGGCGGCACUGGCCACGUCUUUUGCUUUCAUGUUGCCAGUGGCAACGCCUGCCAACGCCAUAGUCUUCUCGCACGGUCACCUGAGAAUUGUAGACAUGGCGGCUGUGGGUUCUGUCAUGAACAUCAUCGCUGUGAGCUGCUUAACGCUUGCAGUCAACACCUGGGGCAGCGCCAUCUUCGGGUUUCUUGAAACACCUGAAGUCUUUAGACUGGUGAACAUCACCUCCAUCAUGAGUGAACUUUGAACGCAUAGACAUCUUUGUGAUGCCUGCUUGUGAGCUGAGAAUAGAUUGGAACACUUUCUGAUUUUUUUUUUCUUAAAAUUUUUACAAAUAAAUUUUCUUUUACAGUUUUUGUUUUCUCUUUAAUAAUUAAAUUUCAAACGACAAAUGAAAGCACACUGCGAUUUUAGUGUAGCUAUUACAUGUAUAUACAUAAAGCAACGCAUUGUCAAAAUCUUUUAACAGUCGUUUUUGAUGAUUAAAUCUGAAAUAAAAGAUCAUCAGAGAAACA